GAUGGCGUCGCGGCCCGCGCGGGACGAGGAGGCGCCCAAUGUGGUGGCGCUGGUGUCGCGCUGGGCGGACGAGCACCUGCGACUUGUGCGGAGCAUCAGUGUGGUCAUGGGCAUCGCCGGGCUGGUCUUGCUAGCCCGAAGCCUGCGGCUGACGUCCAAGUUUACCUGUGCCUCAGACAUCCCAGUGGAGUUCCUCAGGAAGAAUGUGAAACUUCGAGGACGUGUUCACCGUGUGACAGAGGACGGGCUGGAGAUUGAGCAUGUCCCGAUAGCCAUGCCGCUACUGGCACGGUGGAGGAGAGAAGGACCUACGGAGACACUACAGGUGCGGCUGGCAGGGGUGGCACUGACCGACGCUGGGCGCACCUGGCUGCGGGAGAAACUUCAGCCAGAUCAGGUGGUGUGGUUCCAGUUGCUGAGCAUUCAAGGCCCCGUGCUGCUGUGUCUCCUACUGGUGAAGGGAAGGAUCUUCAAUGUGAACCUGAAUGAAGAGAUCCUGAGACGCGGGCUGGGCAAAGCGGUUCUUGUGGACGGGCUGCAUCCCGAGGCCAAGGCCUACUGGAAAGUGCAUAGGCGCGUGCUGCGGGCCGAGCUGGCGGCCGUGCGCAAGGGCGCGGGGCUGUGGGCGGAGCAGGAGGCCCAAGACAGCUACCUGCAGCGCUUCCGAGGUUCCUGGCUGCAGAUGUGGGGCCGGAGCUGGUCCUGGGCACGGAGGCUCCGGCAGCUGCUCUCCCGCACCCUUUUUCACCGAAAAGGCUGAAGCCCCACCAGCGGGAGGUGCCAUCCCUGGAGUAUGGGCUCCCACAUGCUCCUGUAGGAGGGUGGUCGUGGCCAUGGUGGACCAGGCUUCUGGGGCGACUCCCGCCUUGGUCAAUGGGUCUGCGGCUGGGUAGGGUGGGGACAGACAGGCUGGGGAUGGGCCCAUCUCCCGCCCCGACUGUGGUGACCACAGGGCACAGUGGAGCCUGGACUAAACCUGACACCCCACCCAUCCCAAUAAAAGGGCACCCGGAUCUGUGCCAUUUGUUCCUGC